GAUAUCCACUAACUACUGGAGAGAAGUUUCAGCAAUACAGAUGAACUAUCCUUGAGACAAGCACAUAAGAGCAUGCUGGUGUUCCGAUUGAGUUUGAGAUAAAGGAUCACAAAUGCCACCAUUGUGCAGACAAAUAACCACGUUUAACUGAAGUCGCAGCGGAAGACAUGCUGCAACAUGACGUCAGACAAUGAUGGACAAGAGAUGCUGGUAGACCAAGUGACCAUGGACCUCCAAAAACUUGAAAACCGUGUGGCCGAACUGGAGCGAACUCUCUCUGACAACUGCAAUGUGCUUCCUCCCGUCAUCCAAGAACUUAAAAGUGACGUGGAGAAGUUCCGGGAACGAUUAGAAACCACCAAACAUAUCAGCUGGCUCAGUUGCUACAAAGAUCUUCCACCGACCAACCGCAGGCUGCAGUAUCGAAGGCAGAGUGAUGCACGGCAACGACAAGUACGGGAAAAAUUUCUAAAAAUUUGUGAAGAAAGCAUCAGCGAGGAGGUCCGCCAGUGUCUCCGUCUUCCGUCCUUCGACUGCUGCGACUGGCAAGACGAGGAGAUCAUGCUGCUUCUACAGUUCAUGUUCCUCGACUUUGACUUCCCUGCUAAGUUCAACAUUGACAUGAACACACUCCGCAAUUUUCUAUUCCAAGUGUAUAAAAAUUACAACGAGGUCCCCUUCCACAACUUCAGGCAUUGUUUCUGCGUCUCACAAAUGAUGUAUGCGAUGGCUUGCAAGGUAGAUUUACCCAGCAAGAUAGGAGAUCUGGAGACCCUCAUUCUCAUCACAUCCUGUAUUUGCCACGAUCUCGACCACCCUGGCUACAACAAUAUCUAUCAGAUCAACGCAAGGACAGAGCUGGCGUUGCGGUACAACGACAUUUCCCCCCUUGAGAACCACCAUUGCUCCAUGGCUUUCCGCAUCCUAGAACUGCCAGAGUGUAACAUCUUCAGCUCCUUCACACCCGAGACAUUCCGCGUCGUCCGCGAAGGCAUCAUCCGCUGCAUCCUGGCCACAGACAUGGCGCGACACAACGAGAUACUUGCACAAUUCAAGGAAGCCGUGUCCGAUGGCUUCGAUUACACUAAUAAAACUCACGUCAAUUUGUUGACUAUGGUGCUGAUAAAGGUGGCGGACAUUUCCAACGAAGCUCGGCCGAUGGAGGUUGCUGAGCCCUGGCUAGACAAAUUGUUGCAGGAGUUUUUUGCACAAAGCAACGCAGAGAAGCAGGAAGGGCUGCCUGUUACUCCGUUCAUGGACCCACAGAAGAUUACCAAACCCUCAUCACAGUGUAGCUUCAUCGGGUUUGUUCUUCUUCCUCUCUUUGAAGCUCUGGGAGAACUGUUUCUGGAACUACAGCCAAUGAUAGUAGAACCAGUUCGAGAUGCCUUAGAAUACUACCGAAGGCUUAACGAAGCGGCCAAAGAUGAACAACGAAUGCACCGUAAGAGUAUCAUACAAGCGGACUUUGCCUCACAAUUGGAGAAUGCUAGUGCAUCUGUCCCAAGUUCCCCGACUCAGAAUGCUGGCAACAACAUGGACAUCGUCAAGUCUCACAGUGGUAACAUGAGGAAAACAUCCAUUUGUCUUUCUCAGCAUGCUGAAGAUCCUGAGGACAUGCUUGGAAGUGAAGACUUGUUGCCAGAACUGAGUGAAGAUUCGGAAGAGGAGGAAACUGUUACAGAAGUUGCUGUCAGUGAGAAGACAUUGAAGUUCAAAAUAUCAACUGAAAGCUCUAGCAGCUCUGGCCGGAAGAGUUACCCAGGAAGUCGCAAAGGGAGUCGAGAGAAAACGCAUCAACUCGCUGAACAAGAACUGGCUCGGAUGUUGAGAGAUCAGGAGAGGUCAAUCCGGAGUAGCGACAGCGGGGACAAACGGAGUUGGUCAUCUGGAGAGCAAGGAAGUGAUGAGAGAAGAUGUGGUCGGUGCGGCAACGAAGAGAAGAAAGAAACAAGAAGUAUGUCACUGGCUGACCAUGACUGGAGAAGAGACUUCAUGACAGUUCAGUUAAGCAAGAAGGCCAGAUCAACAUCAGCUGGAAGCCCGGAAGGUCUGAGAGAGUUUAGAGGCAAAGACUCCAACAGCACCAGAAGAACUUCACCCAUGAGUCCCAAAGAUACUGAUGACACCAGCCGAGAUAUCGGUAGCUUCGAGGACAGUUCGGAGGGGAAAGACAUGGAGUAUUCGUUGAAAUCUAGUUGUCUUGGAAUCAUCAAGGAGGGUUGUGUCCAAGGUGAGGAUCUAGAGGAUCCAAAGGAUGAAAUUCUCAUUGUGAUAAACGGAGGAGGGAAGAGUUCAGACAAUACCACCGUGGAAACGUCCGACAGUGAAGUUUUGAUCAGAGAAGAUUUAAAAGAUGAAGCAAAAUACUCUGAUGCUUCACCCGAUGAAAAAAGUGCUAGGAAAUCUCCCUCUAGUAUAUUGAGAAAGCUUAAAUCAAUCGGUGAGAGGUUUUCGAGGAGUUCAACAAUCGAGCUCGGUUCACCCAAAGGUUCGACUGACCGGAGCAUUUUAAUCCCUGCAUCUCCUGCUUCAUUGAAGUCGCACAAGGUGAAUGCUUCUUCCUCGGUGGAUUCGGACCGGAGAGCCAUGACUUUGCCGAAGGCUUCUCGUAAGAAAGCACAGUUGAAACGAGAGAAGGGGUGGAAGGGUUUGCUGCGGUCAAAGGUUUCUAUGGAUCAAGACGGAGAUACGAGCUCUUCCAAGGAGGAUGCGUCUUGUGACGAGGCAAGAGCAGGAACUUCCGAGAGAGUGGCUAACGGUCUCACACCUCCUGAAGAGUCUCUGGAAAGUGGCUCAGAAGAGAGAGGAUCGCACAACAACAAUCGCAGCCAAAGCAGCAAAGUUCCUGGAAGUGACGAACGAGACGAGAGUGAAUCGCCAAACAUGUCCCGAGGCCAACAUUGGAUGUCUUCCCUUGUCUCGACGUUUCGAUCCCGCAAGAGCCAGAGCAAAGAAGAAAGUGCGAAAACAUAACUUUAACGUGUCAAUACGCUUGGUACCUCUAGUCGAACAAACAGUAAUCAAUUUUAGAAUACCGUGACUCGCAAAGUCAUUUUAUAUGUGUACUAGUGUAUAUCUUCGUCCCUCGAACAAGUGAUAUUUUUAUAUAACUAUAUUUAAGUUUUUUAUGACUUGUGGCAAGUAUUAAUUUAUGUGAAGCCUUCCUCUUACUCUUUCACUACCUUGAUUGAAGCUGGCAACUUUUGACAAAAUAAGAUUUACAUUUUUUGGUAGAUUUGUAGAUUUUCUUCUGACUGGAUGAUUGAAAGAUGAAAUAUUUGUAUUAGUUCAAUAAAAUUCUGUACAGACAAUUAAAAUUGGUAGUGAACUUGCAUUAAAUCAGCAUCUUUAGCUUGUUAGCAUGAAUUCAACAGAAAAGCAUUAUUUUUCCCUGCAGCCAAAUGUUGCAGGAAUUAUGUUAGGUUCAGGUCUGACCAGAGGCUUAAAAUCAAAAUAGUUUUUAACAUUUUAUUUCAAUUUAUAUUUUAAGGUAGAGAAUGCUGGGAGUUUCAAUAAAAAUUUAAAUGGACUUUUUUCUCAAACUUUUGUAAAAAGUUGCCUGCUCAAUAAAAGGUUUGAUCGUCUUUGAAUUAAAUUAUAAAUUUAUUUCGACAACAAUUUCACUCUACCAACCAUUCCGUGUUCCCUAUCUUCAGGCUGGCUGAAUGAUGAAACAUUCUAAUAUUUUUAACAUACUGGUUAUGCAGUAAUAAUUGAACCUUGUUGAUCCAAAUAGUUUGCUUGACGUGUCAAGACUAGUCAUGGCUUUGACUAUAGUUAUAACCAGUCAUUUAAUUAACAUGUUUAAAGUUUAAAGUUGAAGCCAUUUUAAGAUUUAAAAAGUAUGUAGUUGACUAACGCCUUUGACAAAGUGAGCUGUGGCCAAUUAUUGAUGUCUGUUAUGUAACUUAGCCAACAUCAGCUUUGUGUAUACUACCAAAUCUUUUAUGUAAUAAUAAAAACAGUAGGAGUAACAGAAUUCAAACAGCAGCCCACUCUGUAAGUGAAGUGACCCAAUAUUCAAAUGUUCGAACCGAAAUUAAUUUGGAUGAACAAGGUUCGCCUGUAGUUUUCCUAGGAAACUUCACGACAAGAUAGUUUCGUCUUCAAAAGAUGAAUCAAUACCUGUAAGCCAGUUUAAAAACACUAGAACUUAUUCUAACACAUUCUAUCAAAUGUACAGAAUCGUUUCUCUAUUUCUUAACUCUUAUUGAACUGAGAUCCAUGCCUAUAUUAGCUGAUAGUUUUAUAAAUUGUUGUUGAUUAUGUAGAUUUUGUGCUGUAUAGAGUUAUGUAAGUAGUAGUGCAAUGUCGUCUAAAUGGACCAAUAUAUCUUCUUGCCAAAGUAUUUUUGUACAAACUAAACACCUUGUCAUAAGUUUUAACGAUUUUAUCGUUGAUUUUUAACUGUGGCCAACGUUUUUGUUUAUUUUUUGAUAAAUUAAUCAAAUAUUUAUUUAUGUUAUCAUAUACAUUCUUGAAUAAAAUGUUGUAUAUGAUUUUUUAUUUUAUAGGUUUCUUUUGCUUUUGUAACUGUCCCUUGAACAUCACCAGUUUAGUAUGAGAUCAUUUGGAGGUUAGUUUCAAAUUAACACGCCUCUUCAAGUUCUAAAAUGUACCAAAAAGCUAUGAUUUAUUUAUAUUCACCUGAUAAAUCAAUGUUACCUGGCUAAUUAAUAUAUGUUAUGAUUCAAUGGUUUUAACGGCAGAGGCAAAGACCUGGUUUUGAGGUAUUAAAGAACACCGUAACACUAUAUUAUUGUUGGAUAAAUUUAUUCCGUGAUUGGUAAAUCUGUUUAAACUACAAUUGAGCAAUUCAGUCAUCUAAAUCCAAACCAAUGAGUACAAACCUUUUUAAGAAGCGAAAUGCUUAUGGAGAAUAGUUAGACUGGAAUUUUGCUGCCGAAAUGAGAUUCUCGCAGCCGCCGCUACGAUCACGCACGAAUUGGUCGUGCUACUCUAUUUCUCGUUCUAAGCAGAUUCCUUGUCUCACUUUCUCUCACGCAGUCAGUGGACUUGGCCGCGCUCUCACGACAGUCUACCUAGCGGUCGCAGCAGGAACUAUCCGAAAUUCAAAUAUUCCCAGACUGAAUUUUCAACAAAGCCAGCACAUUGCACAUUUUGCAUUUUGCAUUGGCAUUUUUUUUAAGCUUCUUGUAAGUUUUGUAUUCACUGUCAAAACGCAGUAACCUAAACAUUUCAGUAGUCUAAGCAAUGAAUUCGUACAAGAACUGCGGAACGAUUACUUAUAGUUGUAUUGGAACACCAACCCAUUGGCUUAUAAAACAGUCGUCAACUCUCUCAAUUAGUUUUAUAGAAUGGAUGUAAACAAUAAAAUUUAUGACACGGAACAUAUGAGUGCCCAGUGACAAUAAGUUUAUUCUUCGCUUGACAAUCAUAGCAAAACAUGAAUCAACUUUCUGGUAUAUUCAAGUUGAGAAAACUAUUUCAUAAAACGCUUUUGAACAAUAUGGCGUCAAGAGAGGUCUUAAUCUGUUCCAACACUCUCAGAAGUUUUGUAAUAAAUUCAUAAUUUUUAGUAUCCAACAUGAUUUGAAGAUUUUUUACUACUGUUCUUCAAACCUGUUAACAACAUUUAAUCACAUUUAAAAACUAUUAUUUAUUAAAAUUAAAUCCUUACAGUACCAUAUCAUGAACCGUAGCGGCAUAUAAAAAAUAAAAUAAAACUGUUAUAUAGAUUGAUAGUAAGAUAAUGACCUAUUUUUCCAUGAACUCUGUUGUUAAAAAAAAAUUCAAUAUCUUAUCAAUGUAGGCUCUACGGUCUACACCAUAUUAUAUCAAUUCCUACCAUAUCAGUGAUCCAAUCAUAUUCCCACAUUGUGGUUAAUCGUACCAAGAUCAAUUACUAAAGUAUACAUCCUAAAGAUUAUUUUAGAUAAGACUUUAGUGUCAUUGUUAACAGUUGAUGUUAUAAAUCAAUUUAGUAAAUAUUUUUAAUAAUUGAGAGUUAUGGCAGAGGUUAGCAUUUUAAGUCUUCUAAAACAAUUUCUGUCAAUUUAAUUUUUUUAAGUACUGCCCAAUAAUGUUUCUCAGUUCAUUUUGUACUAUCAUGGACAAAUAGAAUAACUAAAGACUGUCAAAGGAAGGUUCCGGGAUGUGCCGCUAGGAGGGCUGUGUAGUAGUUACGGCGCACACCGCUACAGGCGAGGAGCCAUAUGCUACCAGCAGACUACUAAUAACUACACGGCACUCCUAGCGGUGGACGCCGGACAUAUGCUAACCGUAGCACUGCUGUAGGUCUAUAUUUAUUCUAUUUGUCUAUGGUACUAUUUAGGGAAAACCCUAUCACAGCUGUUAAAUUGAUAUUCAUAGCUCUUGUUCAGCAGGCUGUUGUCGUGUUGAUAGCUACAGAUAUUUUUUUCUGUAAUCCAUUGUUUCAAUAUUGUUUACUAAUUUUGCACGUGGACUAAAAUAUAGGACAUAAAUGAUUUGAAUCUUUUAUUAACACAUUCGAUGCGGCGGGUCCACCGGUGGACCCCGCGCGUCUCAGCUGAGGAGCGGGGGGUCCACGGGUGGGGGAGCGCCCCAUGUCAUGUUUAUUGUUUCAAUGUGAGCUCAGCCAUUGUCGGGGAACGUUGUAAUCUUUACCAGCCUGUAGCUUAUAAUGCGAGCUUUAUUCUGGUGUAGGUUGGUACAAAAAUUGCCCCUAAAAUCCCGUCUGGCAAUGCUUUUGUCCCGUUUUCAGGGAUUUUCUCAGUUUGAGCCGUAUUACAAAGACUCUGGUUAUUGAUCCAGGCAGUGCUGCUACCUUUGGGUGUUUCAGUGAACUACGUCCACUUUCGGAGUAACGCAGAACAAUCACCAGUGCUCUUUUGUGAUUCGUCUUACUGAGAUAUUUCAAUACCAAUAGCGAUCGCUGAUUCAGUUAGCGCGUCGGGGCUCCGCCCGGGCCUCGCCGCCAUUGGCGAGCGCCUGUUUAAAGGUUUCAGCAGCGAAUGUGUUAAUUGGAAGAAGAGUCUGGUCCAAUGUUUCCAAAGGAGAGACAUUAUAUAAGUUUCAUCUUCUUUCAUCUUAACUGUCUGAAUUUUAAUUUACGUUUAUAAUAUUCAUUUUUAUAUCUGGUUUUCUUUGUACCUUGUAGACUCAGAGAUCCUAAUAAUUAUUAUUAUUAUUUGGCAUAAUGUCUUGAGCAUUAAUGAGUAAUAUACAUAAUUGUAAAAUUGUUAUAGCGUGAAUAAAUAAAUAAACUGCUGUUAUAAACAGUGUUCCCUUAAAUUUUCACUUUUUGUAGCAGCGGAAUUAUCAACUGCCAUAAUUUCUCAAGUCCAACUGCCUAUAAAAGGAGUUAUCAUAUUUGAAAGAAAACCUUAUGAUUAGAAUAUUAUAAUCUUGAGUAAUAUAUUUUUAUACAUACAUUUUACGGUAAAAUGUUAAUAAGUUGUUAGAGUCCCAUUUUUGUACAAACAUUAGAGACGAAGGUGCUUUUACAAUAGUUUAAAUUUUAAUAGAUAGUAUUUCCAAGAAUGUCCUUAUAAUGUCCAGAUCUCUUCAAAAUCUUUUUUUUUUCUUUAAGAAAUGUUAUACAUAAUUACCUCUAGUUCCAUUUUGUACUAUAUUUUCUUUUUAGUUUGAAGUUUGAAAAGAAACUAAAAUAAUUUAUUUUUUAUUGUAUUGUUUCAAACAAAGAACAAGCUUUAAGUCACAGAUACCUUGAUUGUACAUUAACAUGUAUCGGAUAAUUUUAAGGUUAUAUCUGUAAAUAAACUAAGUCCUAUCGCCUCAGAAUUCUUCCGCAUUUAUUUGGAAUACCAACAUUGAAUUCUGGGUAAACUAUGCAUUUCUGGUGUCCAUCAGACCCAAUACCUGUUCAAUGUAAUUAUGGCGUCAAUGUUACUAAUAUUGUCAAAUGAGUAUUUUAUGUUUGUAGAAAUAAAUAAUCAAAUGUU